GCAUGCAUUGAAUUGAACGUUUAACUUUUUUGUUUUUCUUUUCGAAAAUUGUGUACAUAUUUGUUGAGAUUAUUACAUUGAGCUUUAUAAAAUAAAAUGGAUAAAACAACUACCAAAAUCAGCCAAAAAGAAUAUUUAAAAAAAUAUCUAUCCGGCGAUAAGAAGAAAAAGAAAAAAGAUAAAAAACUCAAGACCAAAGCCACAGUAAAAAUAAUUGACGACGACGUGCAUAUUAACCAAGACUUGGGAAUCGAUGAGGAACUCUUAUUAACAGGUGAAGAUGCUCCACAAAUUGUAGGUAUAGUUAAUGUAUCUGGAGAGCCAGCUGAAAGCAAGUGGAAAAGUUUUGGUGGCAUUAAGAAGGAAGAGGAAUCGGACGAUGAUCAAAAUGAACAAAAGCAAAUUGUUGAAUUUUCCUUGAGUAAAAUGAACGAAUUACCUCCAGAAGAAAUGGAUUCUGACCAAUCACCACCCAGAAAAAGUCGUGAAAAAACCAAACACACAAAUGAACAUAAUUCACCAGUAGAGAAGCGUUCAAGGUGGAAUUCAGAUGUUUCUUCGUCACGAGAUCAAUCACUACAAAAGAAACGUGCUUUAUCUGGUUCCAGAAAAGACUCAGACCAAUCCCCACAAAGAAGACGGUCUUCACCACCUCCUUCAAAGAGAUAUUCAGAUAAAUCACCAUCAUCAAAAAGAGAUUAUAAAGCCCCAUCGAGGAGAGAUUCUGACCAAUCACCUCCACGCAGAAGGUCUCCACCACCUCGUAAAAGGAGAGAUUCCGAUCAAUCUCCACCGAGAAGACAAGAGAGGCAGAGAAAAAAUUCUGACCAGUCCCCUAGGAGAAAGACCUCUAAUCAUUCAUCAUCGAAUCGAUUUGAAAAUCAAAUAAAGAGGGAGAAUUCAUUGGAUCAGUCACCUCCAAGGCGAUCAGUCAAUGGAAAUCCUUUUAAAAAACCAAUCAAGACAGAAAAACCCUCUCCGGACAAUUCACCGAGAAGACGUUCCUCCGAAUCGCCACCUCCAACACACAAAGGCUCGUCAUCGAAAAUGAGUAAAACUCUAGAUGGCAAGCGCGCUGGUCUUCAAAAUGCCCAAACUUUAAGAAUAGAAACAGAGGAACGUCGUAAAAAUGAAGACCGAAUGUAUAACAAGAUGUCGAAAGAAAUAUCUGGACGGGAUGCUGAAGUUCAGGUGCGAAAGACUUCCUAUCGUCGCCAUCGCAAAGACAUCGAAGAAGAUCCCGAGAUUCAGCGCCAAAAGGCUGAACACGAAGAGAAGAAAAAAGAAUUGUACAGUCGCUGGAACAAAGGCGUUAAGCAAAUAGAAGCAUUCCAAGCUAAGAUGUCAGAUGACCAAUACGAAGGCAGCAAACCAUUAGCUAGAUAUUCAAAUGAUGCAGACUUAGAAGAAAUGCUUCGUCAAAAGGAGCGUGACGAUGAUCCCAUGUUGGAAUACAUACGAAGCAAGAAAAAAGACCAGCAACUGGCGGCAAAUGUCCCAGUUAUGCCAAAGUACAAAGGAUCAUAUCCAGAUAACAGAUUUAGCAUACCGCCUGGCUAUCGGUGGGACGGAGUGGAUAGGUCGAAUGGCUACGAAAAGAAAUGGUUCGAUGUACAGAGCUCGAAACAAGCCGUUGCCGAAGACGCCUACUUGUACAGCGUAGAAGAUAUGUAAAAAAGAGAACUUCAAAUAUGAAUUUUGUAAAUAGAUGUGCAAACAAUUUUUACAAUAAAUAUGAACUGCUUUUUUUGGAUAA